AAUAAGUCACUAUCCAAUAUUACAGGGGAGACAAUCAACUUAGCAUGUUCAACUUUUCCCAGAAUAAGACCUCUGCUCUGCUGCUCUCGACCCACUCAAAAAAAGAUAAAGUUUUUGCUCAAAAGGGAAAAAACCCCCAAUUGAAAAUUCAAUUAAGAAAUGUUUUUGCUUUAUGGGUUUUAUAAAUAUCAACUUGGUGCUUCAUCUUUUGCUUUGUUUUUGCCAAUCAAACUAAUGGGUACUUCUGAUUGCGCACUUAACAUUCUGGGGUUUUCACCUGUUUUUAAUUCUUUGCAAAACCCACAAAAGAUUUCGGUUCGUGCCCAGAAUUUCAGAUCAUGAGCUCCACCACAAUUCAAGUUACCAAUUCUGCAACUAUGGGAAUAUAUGAACUACCUAAAGCAAUAAGCAUGUGGAGGGAUACCUCAAAAGCAAUAAUCGCUUCUGGUGCAGGUGCAUCUUCAAGCACACAGGCAGAAUCUGAACAUGAGAACAAGUUUGACUAUGAGUAUGGUUCUCCUGAGAUGAUGGAACCGCCCUUAAGUGGUGAAGAUGCAGCAAGACUGUCUGAGAAGGUUCAAAGGCGUUUGGCACAAAAUCGUGAAGCUGCAAGGAAGAGUCGUUUGAGAAAGAAGGCUUAUGUUCAGCAAUUAGAAAGUAGCCGUUUGAAGCUUGCCCAAUUAGAGCAACAAAUUCAGCAAACUAAACAACAGGUCUCUUUUGGAGGGGCUGCAUUCCAUGCUAAUCUUGGAUUUACAGGACAUAUAAGCACAGGAUUAUCUACAUUUGAAAUAGAAUAUGGGCAUUGGGUUGAAGAGCAAAAUCGACAGAAUUCCGAACUUAGAAAUGCUCUGCAAGCUAAUGUAUCUGAUGUCGAGCUAAGAAUCCUUGUAGAAGGUGGCUUGAAUCACUAUUACAGUCUCUUCCGGAUUAAAGCAGAUGCAGCAAAGGCGGAUGUCUUCUACUUGAUGUCUGGCAUGUGGAGAACGUCAGUUGAGCGGUUCUUCCUCUGGAUUGGAGGAUUUCGUCCAUCUGAACUCCUAAACAUUCUCAUGCCACAACUUGAGCCCUUGAGCAAUCAACAAAUGGAGGAUAUUGGUAAACUACGAUAUGCAUCCCGUCAAGCUGAGGAUGCCUUGUCACGAGGAGUGGAUAAACUUCAGCAAACUCUUAAUCAGAUCAUGUUUACCGAUCCACUGGGUGUAGAAAUGUAUGGCAUUCAGAUGGCCUCUGCAUUGGAAAAGUUAGAAGCUAUUGAAGGCUUUGUGAACCAGGCUGACCAUUUACGUGAGCAGACCCUGACACUGAUGUCCCGGAUCCUGACACCCCGUCAAUCAGCACGAGGAUUGCUGGCAUUAGGGGAGUACUUCCAUCGUCUACGUGCCCUCAGUUCACUUUGGGCUGCUCGGCCUCGUGAUCCAGGCUAGGAGUCGGUUUGCUGUACAUGCAUGGGCAUGGGCAUGGCUGACAGCUUCAUUCUUCAGACAACAUGUAUUAUCACAUGUUGGGUUUCAUCCUUUUUCCCGCUUUUCUCUUUAGAGGUAUCUAGAGUUUAGCUUGUAAAUACUCUAUGCAUUAUGGCGUGUCUACAAUGGGGAAUAGUACGUGGUGGGUUGGUCACGGAAGUUGUACAGUUUGAUCGAUGAGGCUCUUCUGUUGUAAAGCUGUACAGAAUCAAAGAGGAUUGGGCUGUCAUAUUUGCUACUGAUAAUCUGUUACUCAGGGAUCGGAGUAAUGCUGCCUCAAAUAUGUAACAUUCUGUUUAUGUUAGUAAGAUUAUUACAUCCUUA